AUGCCUGCACUUGGUGGCGGCGAAAGUCACUUUGUACCUGCUCAGCUUCGUUCACGUCUCGCCAACUUGCAAGACCAAGGGUCAAGCAGACAGAUCCGCGCUGCACCUGCAGCUCACCAUUCUCCAUCGGGCGGUAACACUCCCGCGUACACUGGUGGCUAUUUUGCUGCUCAUUUCGCCCAAUCGCACUCUGGUCAUGCUUCUCCGCCACACCAAUCGCCCUCGCACAGCGUACCGGAGUCACGCCGAGCUUCUGGAGACGGCGAGGAUCUAAUCGAUGACAACGUGCCCCAUAUGGACGACUUUGACAUGGGCACGCUAUCAAGAGUUCCCAGUUACGGAGCUGCUGUUCGUACUCCUGGACCAUUCACGCCUUUCACCGAUGGCCCUCCCAGUUAUAUGGAGGCUACUAGCAGACCGCCAAGUCCUACCCUGCAACUCCCACAACGGCCUGGUGCCGUCCAUGUCAGGAGCGGCAUCAGCACCCCUGGAUCUCAUUCGAGCACUCAGACGUUAACCGGCGCUGUUACCCCUGGUAGCUUUGCUCCAAAUGGCCUCACUCCAUUGACACAACUCCAUCCCCAUGAGGAUAAUCGGUUGCGCAUGUUGCGGGCAAGAGCAGAUUAG